AUGACAGGACCGGGGCUUGUUACAAUUCCACUACUUUUUCAGACUGCUGGAUGGUUUAUACCACUUCUUGCUUUCAUCAUUGCGAUUUUGUUAAGCGGUGCUGCUUCUCUGCUUUUGUGCGAAUCAUUGAGUGCUCAACCUGAAAACGAAAGAUUCCAGAAAAAGAUUGAAUUUACUCGCCUUGCCUCAACGUUGAUAACUAAUAAAUAUCAACGUCGCUUUAUUCAAUUUGUUCUUUUUGUGACAUUCGAAUCCUUGAUCAUUUCAUCAAUUAUAAUAUCUUCUCAAACAAUGGAUUCUUUGGCGAUCUCGGUGUUUGGGAAAACUUGUGGAAUUGGAAUUUAUCCAACAAAAGGAGUCUUUUGCGUGUCAGAACAAAGUGCCACAGGAAGUCCUUUCGGAGAAAGCUAUAUGCUUUUAACUGUCGGUUACUUUAUUACUUUGGUAACUGUCGUUCCUCUAGGAGUUAUGGAUCUUGUUGAUAAUAUUAAGGUGCAAGUUGUCACUUGGAUUAUCACUUUCAUUGUUCAUGGACUUCAACAAGACCUUGUUCCAUUUAUUGGUAAUGAUCAAAGCCAAGUAGUUGGAACUGUCUUAUACAAUUACGCGUUCAUAACUACUAUACCAAGUUGGGUUAAUGAUACGGAUCAAAAUGUUUCAAUCCGAAAAUCUGUAUUGUACUCUAUUAUUAUAUCCACGAUUUCAUACAUUUUACUGGGUGUUUUGGGAGGGAUGGCAUACACGAUGAGCGCAGCAUCAAACAUUAUUGCAGUGAUUAACAAAUCUAAUGAACGUACGGUGAUUAGUCUUGUUACAACAUACUUGUUUCCUGUAGCUGCGUUGAUAACAAGUGUUCCACGUGUUGCCUUGGAUUAUUAUCCUUCCAUUCCAAACAGGAUUUUGGCUCAAUUCGUUUAUGAAUUGGACGAUGAGACUCAAAAAACUGUUAAAAAUGAUGCCGAUUUGGUUAAAUCAGUAAUAUCAACUCCAGAAAAGCUCCGACGAAAUCCAUCAUCAAUGUCUGAUAUCUCAAUAAAAAGUGUAUUGAUGAUUGAUGAACAUCCACCGUUUCCAAUUGUUGUCAGUCCACCAUCUCCGGGUCUUCGACCACUCGAUAAUCAUAGUCAUGAUAGCAUUCAUCUUACUCCACAUCCGUCAAGUACUCCAAGGCGUAGACGUUCUCGCUCACCAAGUAGAUCACGUAGUCUUUCAAGAAGUAGUUCUAAAAUUGGCGUUGACAGCAUCGAAGUACAUCAAGUGCAUUCGCCUGAUAAGCAUAUUGAUGUUAUUAUAAUAAAUACGGAUGCAUUAUCUAAUAAUCCAAAAUUAGCUGAUUCGCCAACAUUUUUAAGUGUGCCAUCACCUCAUUCUGAAGUUGAAAAUCGUGACCGCGAUUUGUCAUGUUCACCACCAGGUCACAUGACAUCGGUGGCAACUGAAUCUGAUGCUAAAGGGUAUCAUUUAUCGGCUCCACUAUCUCUCGUAGCUCGUACCACCUUUAGCCGUCGAAAAUCCACAUCUCGACUAACGAUCGUGACAACACCAGCAAUUACGAUUAGUGAUGAAUCAUGCGAUAACGAUGUAAAUGAUAAUUUGCAAAACAAUUUAUCAAUUCAUUCCUGCCAUUCUAGUGUAACAUGCCCGCCAUCACCUCUAUCUAUAUAUGAAGAAAAAAUGAGUUCAAUUUUUAACGAAGCAGAACAUGCUAGGUACUUUGAACCGUUUAAAGCUUUCCCAGGAUUAACAUCAACGCAUGGGAUUUUGAUUGCGAAAUUUGGAGGGACAAUGGCUAUUUUAAUGGCUUUUGGAAUCCUUACAUAUGAUUUUGUACAAUUAGGAAUGGGAACUAAUGUAUUUGCUAACUAA